AUGAUGGGACUAACAGUGGAUUUCUCUUUUGCGCUUCUUCUCCUUGUGGAUUUGGUUGUGGGUCUCGCCGCGCAGCCCUUUCCAGGGAUUCACCCUGGCGCACUGCUCCGUGGUAAGGGCGGCGGUUCUAGACGCACCGUGCAGCGACAGCAGAGCAGCAGGCUGCCCCUCUACAUGAUGCAGCUCUACCGCACCAUGCUGACCGAGGACCGGGCCCGGACUCCGGCUGCCAGCGUGAGCCACACCAGGUCAGAGGACAACCCCGCUCUGCACGACUCCGACUCUGUGAUCAGCCUUGUCGCUAAGAACUGCCAGCAGAUUGGCAAGAGGUGGUCUGUCACCUUCGACAUGUCCUCCAUGUCUGCAAGCGACAACAUCCAACUGGCUGAACUUCGCAUCCGCCUGCCUGCCUUCACAGAGUCUUCCAGAGCUUCAGUGGACAUCUACCACUCUCACAGGGACCAGUGCCCCGACAUGCACUGUCCAGAGAACAGGCUGUUCCUGGGCCGGCUGAGAGCUCACCCCAGUUCGAUGGUCUCCCCCUCCUCCUGGAAGGUGUUCAAUGUGACAGAGAUGCUCCGCCGCUGGCUGCAGCACGAACACUCUGCACAGAUGACGGAGCAGGAGGACGAGGCUGAGGUGAUGGAGCAAGAAGAGCAGGAGCAGGAGGGACUACAACACCCUACAGCUGACCGGGUCAUGAUGGUGGUUUUCUCCAGACAGAACCCGAACAGCGAGCGAAUGCCAACACUAAUCCACACAGCCGAGCACUCCAAGUACGUAAGCCUGGACAGGGAGCGGGUGGCAGCUGGGUCUAGUUCCAGAACGAGGAGCCACAGAGUCAGGAGGCACCACAAGACCCAGCAGCAGAGGCAGAGAGUGGUGGACGCUGCUCCUCCCAGCAAGUCCACAGAGGAGAAGGGUUCUCUCUGCAGGAAAGUGGACAUGUGGGUGGACUUUGAGAAGCUUGGCUGGAGCAAGUGGAUUGUCUAUCCCAAAAGGUACAAUGCCUAUCGUUGUGACGGGAGCUGUCCUACACCAGUGGAUGCAACCUUCACCCCAACCAACCAUGCAUACAUGAAGAGCCUGUUGAAACUUCACCACCCAGACAAAGUGCCAUGUCUGUCCUGUGUGCCAACCCGCCUGGCACCGCUUUCCAUGUUGUACUACGAGAAUGGGAAGAUGGUCAUGAGGCAUCAUGAGAACAUGGUGGUGGAGGAGUGUGGUUGCCAUUGAGACACCUGAAAACUUUUUGGUUAAAAGACAGAUAGACUGGAACCACCGAGCCGUAGGCCCAGAGGGGUCUGAUACAGUCACAGACCCGAGCCACUCAGAGGCACAAAGUGGAUGGAUGUCCACAAGCACUUUACGGAUAUGUCCAGGUUGAUGCUGGGACAGAGGCUGCUGCUGCUGCAGAACAUGAAAGAGAGAGACUAUCCUGGACACACCUCUCUAAAUUAUGGAUUUAAAAAAUUAAAGAGUUUUAAAAUUGUUGGUACUUGUUGUAGAAGAUCAGGUGACCAAAUUUGUGCCUUGGAUUGCAAGUGAUGAGUUAUAAAUCAAACUUGUAAGGACUGAUCAUGGCAAUGGUUUGAUCCAGUCAAGAUGAAACAAGCUCAAGACAAAAGCACAAUGCGGUCACUCACUAAAGCACUAAAGCACAGAGGAUUCACAAAAACAGAAGUAAAAACUGUUUUAUGCUUAAAGACUUCAUUUUUUAAUGUCAAAUGAUGAAUGCAAAUUCCAGAAUGGUGUAAGCGCUUCAACUUUAUUAAGAUGUUUGGGUCACAUUGACCCCCUUUGUAUACACUAUGUGCAAUAAUACAAUAAAUUUAUCUUUAACUUGAACAAAGUGUUUUCUGGUUUUUAUUACAGUGUUUGUAUGUAAGAGUUUUUUUUAAGUUGCUCCCUUUCCCUUCAGCUUUUAUGGUAAGAUCAGAUCCUGGUGUUGUGCAAGCUGCC